AGGAGCAAUACACAAGGACAGCAAGGACAGCUCAGUGUAGCAUUGUGCGGGUACGUUCAUCAAAGGUUCAGCAGGUUUGUCGAGCGGCCCUGCUUUGAUUAACCGAACUUGUUAAGCUUGUGAACCUCUGAUCCUUGCAAAACAACAUGUCCUUGAGGAGGAAUGCUGAAUCGACCCAUGAAGAUAUCCCCCUGCAGGCUACGGAAACCCAUAUAAGCUUCUUCCAAAAGGGCCGUGAAUACGAAAGUCGCUAUGUAAAUCAUCAUUACACGGAAGAGGAGAGAGAACAGCUUGGAAAAUUUGAGAGUGUGGACUAUCUGCCACCUCACAGUACUGUUUACAAGGUAUGUAGCGUAUCUAUAAAGUAAAUAUGGCUGCACCAACGGACCUAAGGUCCUGGAUAACUUGCAAUUAAUUUAGCUUAGGCUUUAACCCAGGAGUGUUGCUUAAAUUUAAGAUAAUUUCCAGCUGGUGGGCUGCUAUUUCUUUGCUGUGCCUACUCAACAACUUUUUCUCGUGAAUCGUUACCCUGUACCAUUGAGAAACAGGAACCAUUCUUUUAGGAACAAUAUAUUUGGGGGGGGAGGGGUAAUGAAGGGAGAGAAUAUAUAGUUAACAAGAAGCCGCAAAUGCUCAAAUUGGCGGCUCCUUCAAAUAAGUGCCCUGUUUGAAUUAGUGUCUCUACAGGGCGGCAAAGCGGGGGAGGGGGGGGUACCUAUCACACGCGUCAUGGAAAAAUAAUUAGCAAUUAAUGAAUGAGGCUGAGUAGGAUACGAAGAAUUAAGCAGAUCGAGGGUGUUAUUGACCAAGGCCGAAGGCCGAGGUGGAUAACACCCUCUGAGAUUUGCUUAAUUCUUUACAUCUUACGAAAGCUGAAUUCAUUAAUUGCUUUAUUAUUCAUUCAAAAUAAUUCUUACUUUAAAAACAUAACUAGUACAUGCUUACCUGCAUCGAUGUUAAGUUCAUCUUCGAUAGUGUAUGUGCAGGUUUGUCCAUCUCCGCAAAUAUUCUCCAAAUAGCAGAUGUCGCUUUCUGAGUUGUCUUUUUGCUGUUUUUGCUAUGUUUUUAGCUAUUAUUUUGCCUAGUUCCAGCUGUAGUUCUUAAGGUGGCCCACAACUGUCACGGCAAAACCAAAAAACUCACGGCAAAAACAAAAACAUCACGGCAAAACCAAAAACCUGACGGCAAAUACAAAAUACCUCACGGCAAAAACAAAAACCUCACAGCAAAACCAAAAACCUCACGGCAAAACCAAAUACUUCACAGCGAAAGCAAAAUAGCUUUGGUUUUGCCGUGGGUAUUUGCUUUUGCCGUAAGGUAUUUGGUUUUUGCUGUGAAGUAUUUGGUUUUGCCGUGAGGUCUUUGGUUUUGCCAUCAGAUUUUUGGUUUUGUCAUGAGGUAUUUUGUUUUUGCCGUGAGGUUUUUGGUUUUGCUGUGAGGUUUUUGUUAUUGACGUGAGGUUUUCGGUUUUGCCAUGAUCAUGAGGUAUUUUGUUUUUGCCGUGAGGUUUUUGGUUUUGGCGUGAGGUAUUUUGUUUUUGCCGUGAGGUUUUCGGUUUUGCCGUGAGGUAUUUUGUUUUUGCCGUGAGGUUUUUGGUUUUGCUGUGAUAGUUGUGGGCCACCGUAAGUUCUUGCCCUUGAAACGAGUGAAGUGUCCGCCAUUUUUUUGCCACAACCAAAACAACUCAACCUCGUCCCCAGGUCUUCUCGGUUAAGGGUGCAUUAACCUGUAGCGGGCUGCAUUUUUGACGUAGUUUCCUCGUUAAACACAAAAUUCUUCCAAAUUUGGUUAUCAGUAAUUGGUUAUGGUGAAUUAUGCGUGUGCUUUUAGCCAAUCAGAAUUGGGGAAAUAUUUUGAAUAAAUAAUAAAAUAAAUUAUUAUUGAUUCAAAAUAUUCCCCCGUUUCUGAUUGGUUAAAACCACACGCAUAAUUCACCAUAUUGAACUGAUGAUGUCAAAAUGAUGUCAAAAGUGCAGCCAGUUGUAGGUUAUUGAACUAACUGUUGACUGAGAAAACCUGGGGAUGAGGUUGAGUUGUUUUGGUUGUUUGAACAAAAUGGUGGAACUGUCACGUCUUUACACGCGCGUGGUCAUUUGCAUGUCUUGCGCAUUUUGCUCAAUAGACCAAGAAAAAAGAGAGACUGCUCGUAGUCUAGGCUUUCGUAGGAUAUGAAGAAUUUUGCAAAUCUCAGAGGGUGUUAUCCAUGGAGGCUGAAAACUCCCCCCUUGAUCUGCAGAAUUCUCCAUAUCCUACGAAAGCCGAAUUCAAUAAUUGCUAAAUAUUAACUUCAUUAACAAGUAUCCUAUUAUCAUUUUGAUCUGAGUAAAUCAGAGAUUUUUCCGGGUGUCUAAUCUUUCUCCUUACACGGCAUUUGUAUAAAGUUCAUUUAAAUCCUCAACAGAUAUUCUCAGAAAAGUUUCUGUUUCUUUAUCUCAAAUGUUAUUUCUGUUCGUCAGAUGCACUUGCAAGUCAUUUUUCAAAGUGUUGUUGCAGAAAGUAUAAAAUGACAUGAUCAACCAUGGUUGAAAAAUUUAGCCAUGCAUGAGUUGUUAAAAAAAGAGUAAAGAAUGCCGAUUUAUUGGAUAAAUUUAGUCCUUGAAAACUGUACUUUGUCUUUGAAAAAUCCUUGAAUAGUCCUUGUUUUUUGUUUGUCUAAAGUUCUACGAACCUAAAAUGUAUAUGUCAGAUGUUACGCAUAACACUUUUUUUUAAAUUUAAUUUUAUACUAAAAGAUACCUUCUGAUUCCCUAUUUACUCUGACAGUUUCAUUCAUUUGAAGCAAAAACAAUGUAAUCGUGAAGCCAAAAUAUCAAAAUCAACUUUCUGUUUUUUCUUCCUUUAUUUUACCAUGGUUGUGUCACUACAAAAUUACAAAAUCACUACUAAGCAAGGAGCUGCCGUUGUUACUAGCACAAUUAAAGCAUUUACCAUUUUAUUUAAUUAGCAUAAAAAUUAUAAGAUGUAAUUCCACACAUUUACAACUUACUGUAACUUUUUUGUCUAUGCUUCAUUUUAGAACUGGCUAGAACAGCAGCCAUCACGGCUGGACUGGGAUCGCUGGCUUAUGAUGGGAAUGAUUGGCUUCUCUGUUGGAGUCAUUGGGUUUCUGAUGCAUCAACUGAUUGAUGUCAUAUCAAAGUAAGAACAGAGGCUUACAGAUUUUUUACAUAAUUACAGUUUCCUUAAAUCUGUCUCAAUCUUAGCUUUCCUUCCCUGAACAACUUACCUGUUUUUAUCCGCACAGUAGCUGUCCCGGGGGACUCCCAUAUAAAAGCGACUGGAAUGCUUGUUUGAAAAUUAAAACUAUACCCCUCAGGGAGACAAAUGUGGGUGUGGCUCAAGCUUAUCCUGACUGCUAAAGCAGACCAUGCUGAAACAGACAUCUAAAUAAGAGCUGAGAAAAAGAGGAAAAUAAGAGAGAUAUUGUGUUCUUUUUUAAACUUUAUAUUUCUGUGUGGUCAGCGUCACCACACUUUUUGUAAAUUUCUUUUUGCACAACCCUAAGCAAUCCCUGAAUGGGAAAAUAUAGUGACUUUCUAUCCCAAACAGCCCAAUAAGUGAGACAAACAUCUUCAAUUUGCUUCCCUACGCAAGACGACACGCAUCCCGGUCACUAUUAUAUGGCUAGUCUCCUCAGUAUCUGGCACGGGGUCAGUUUCUCAAGUUUGUAUAAUCUAGGGAUGGAAAAACCAUUACUGGCAGUUGUUGUGCUCUUUACAUUUGAAGUCAAAUUAUUGAAGUCACAGAAGUUUUAAAAGCUAAUAGAAUAGAACCAUUAAAAGCAAAAUGAAUGGUUUGUGAGCUAAAAGACCUAACUAAUUUAAUUUAGGUCUUGAUUUUAGAAUAUGGAUUCAGCUCUGAAAAAUUAUCAGGACUAUUGAGAAGCAGGAUCCAAAUCAUUAUUAUCUUUCCGCAUAUUCUAUACCAUUUCAAGGCCGUGCUCUAAGAAAAACUGAAGGGAGCCCAUUGCUCUGAACCUGUGAAAUUCAAUGUGUCCAGCAUAUGAUUUUUCUAAAGAAGCUUAGCUUUUCCAGUCGCCCAAGAGCAACAGGAAGGCGCCAGGGCCCACUCAGGGUGCUGCUAGAACAUGCUAACCCUGCAAUUUCCAAACAAUAUUGUUUUAUUCAGUUAGCUAGUGCAGCAAUUGUUGUACUAAAAACAUUUGUUCCUUUUGUAACAGGUUGAAGUGGGAUAAGGCUUCUGAGUUUAUAAAGGUACUGUUAAAGGCUUGUUUAUGUUUUUCUUCAUCAAUCACUGACAUCUUGAAGCUGUCCUUGGGAUGAGUAAAGAACACAUAGUAGGUUACCCUGAGGUGGUAUGUAGCAUUGAUUGGAGUGGUGGGGGGAGAUUUGUUGGCAGGUGGAAUGUAGAGGCCUUGCCAGGGUAAAUUCCAACAAGUGACAUGGCCCAAAAAGUAGCGACAACGCAUAAAAUGAAAUCGCGACAAGAGACAACCUCCCUCAGCCAAAUUGCGACAGUGACGACAAAGCUGACAAUAAGUGACAAGCAUUUAUAAACACUGACACGAGACAUUUUAAAAUUCAGAUGGGCGACGUGGGACCCCCCCUGGCAGGGCCUCAAUGUAAUACUGAGAGAAGAAAGGGAUCCACCAACAAGAUGCUAUCCUAUAUCCAGUGAUUGUACUAUUUAGUCACCAAUGCACACAAGUGCCAUGUUAGACUCAAAGAUUUGAUAUAUGGAUCAGUGAUUUUACAUGAGCAUGUGCAAAACUAACGUAUGCUAAAUCAUUCUAAUUAACAUAAUCAUGACAGUGAUUUUGUUACUUCUUCAUCCUGCAUCCCUGCUGCAUAAAAAGCCUUAAAGAUACAAAAUAAUUCAUGUUACAGGAUGCUUAAGAUCAGUUGAUCGAUCUGAACAUGUGUUCUUUGUAGAAAUAUCUAAUUUGUGUCAUUUCUGUGGCAGUUAUUAUGCAUGGCUGUUGUUUAAUGAUGAAUAUUUCUAUUUAGCCUUUGUUGUGCUUGAAAAUAGAAAGACUAUGAUUUUAAUUUCAGUAUACGUAAAAAUACAGAGUUUUGGAGUCUGUCUUCAGAUUAACUGUCUGGUAAUACAUAAAGGCCUAAGCAUUUUCAAUUUUGGACUCAUUUUUUUUAAUUGGGACUCGAUCACAGGUUCUGGACUGGGACUGGUGAUUUUGCACAAGAUGAGUCCCAGGACUCACCAUAUAAACUAUUUCUAACAAAAUCACUUUAUAUCAUGAAGAAACAGAAAGAACACAAAAAUGUAGACAUGCAUACAGCUAUUCCUGUACUAUGCAGCUUCAACUAUCCUAUUCUGUUUAGUUUGAACAAUGUCCUUGAUGAUUUCUCUUUUAAACUUUAAGUACCAACUAAUACUACACCUAAAUAGUGGUUCCAUUAUGAGGUUCCCUACAGCUAACUGAACUGUGACCCACGACCAAGUUUAACGUGACUCUCUGGUACCAUACUGUCUUCGAUUCUUUAUUUCAUGAAACUGUGUCUUGAAGUGGAGUAAAGUUUUGUUUCAAUGGAGUGAAUACAAUCAAAUUUUCUGAAUCAGACACCUGAAUUUAACAGCAAUCACAGAGCCAUAGUGAAUCUAGAGAAUUGCUUUACAUUCCUAUUCUAUUCUUAACUUCAGUAGUUUAUCUUUUUUUUAGGAUAGGGACUUUGGCUUGGCUUGGAUAUGGGUCAUUGGAUAUAGUGUUUUUUUUGUCUUGGCAAGUUCUAUUCCAGUUGUGGUAAGUGCGAACUUGUUUGUCUUAAUUUCAGAUUUUGACCCCGAAGUGCAAAGUGCACAAUACGAUUUUUAAAAACCCCUUAAUGGUCCCUUAAUUCAGAUCCUAAUUCUUAAAAUCAGUGCAAGACUUUCUAAAUGCACGACACCACAAACGUUAUUUCAUAAGUUAUGGUUAGAUAAAUUUUAUACAUAAUGUUGUCAAUUAAUAUAAUAGUAUGACUUCAUUAAAUGAAGAAUGAUCAUAGCAGUUAUGUAUGCAAAAAAUCUCUUCAAAUUACUGACAAAAAUGUAAUACAUUGACUGUGGUUUUUGAUUGUCGUCUUUUAGUAUUUCCGUCCUAAUUCUGCUGAAGGGUCCGGUAUACCUGAAUUAAUUGGGUUCUUGAAUGGUACAGUCGUGAAACAUAUUUUCAGUAUCAAGACAAUGCUUAUCAAGUUCUUCUCCUGUGUAUGCGCAGUUGGUGCAGGCCUUCCUGUUGGUCCAGAAGGACCUAUGAUUCAUUUGGGGUAUGUAAAUCAAAGAAAUCUAGGAUAGCUACAUUUUGCAUGAUCCAAAAAUUAAAUUACAGGGUGCAAAGAAAGUCAUCAAAGAAAUCUAGGAUAGCUACAAGUCAUUUGCAAAAUCCAAAAUUGAAUUUCUGAAAUUUAGAUUUCUCCCAUUCCACAAAAAUUCAAUUAGGCUAUCGGACAUGAUUUUCUUUGCAUGCUAAAUUAAUAUUCCACAAAUUCAAUUGGUCAAGUAAUAUUGAAUGGUACUGCUAAAAGAAUUGGGUCUUGUCUGUGACGAGGCGUCUCUGUGUUGUGUUUCUUUUUAUCCCAGAGUUAAUAAUGUUUUGAUGUAUGGUCUGGGAUUUUCAGGCUACAAGGUCUUAGCAUCUAGGGGAGCUUUAGAUUUUACCAUGUUGCCAUCCCUAAAAAUUAAUUAGAACCUCCCUUCUUAUUUUCUAUCAAACCUAAUUAACACCCCACACUGUUUCCAUAGUAAAUAAAAGCAAAUGUAGAGGCAGAUGUCUAAGAAGUUGUUCCAACACUGCGGACCUGUAUCCUCUCUCUAAUUCUGUUUUCAUUGACAAUAAUACAUACAUACAUGUAAUGUGUAACCCAUUGCAUGGAGGUAUGUUCUUUUAUUUAAACCAUCCCAUACAUUUGGCAUUAUCAUAUGGGUAUGUGUUGACUCACUUAAAUUACAGUUUAUAUAUGUUUGUUUGCAGGAGUUUGGUUGGUGCAGGCCUGAGCCAGUUCAAGUCAGACACCCUUAAAUUUCAGUUGCCAUUCUUUGAAAGAUUUCGCAACACAGAAGACAGGUAAGGGGCUGCUGCACACCUUUGAAUAAUGUUAUAACAUUUUGUCAUUUGAUACAAAUUUUUCUUUCUUUUCAUUGGCCAAGAGCCCACCACGCAGUGCUGUCAACUCUCCCAGAUAAUCUGGGAGACUCCAGAUUUUGGACCCUAUCUCCCCAGCUCCAGAUUAGAGUGCGAUAUCUGCCGGAUAAUCGCCAAAGUUGCUAUUUCUUGUAGACUCGACUUUCUGACUAUAAAAUUUCAAAUAUUUGCAUUGUUUGAGCUGCUGUUAGCAUGGAACGUUUCCUCAUAAAUUCUGGUAUGCCACUGUGAUUUAAGCAAUAAUGUGGCUAAAUAUGAAAUGUUUAUGUGCUAUACAUGUUGAUCGGAAUCAACAAACAUUUUUGGAACAAAUGACGUCAUUUGUCAUGCGAUAUGAUGUCAUCUAUCAUUCCUUACCCAUCAUUUCUCAAUAUUUGAUGAUGUUGGGGGGGUUGACAGCUCUGACCAUGUGACCUGCAAAUGACUGCCUACAAGAAACGUCUGAUCAUGCAUGAUGUCGUCCAACUGACGUGUUUGGCUGCAAAUGGUAUUAUCCUCAUGCAAAAAUGAAACCAUGCUUUUUUCCUCCUUGGGAUCGCUCAUGCGUGAAAAUGGCAGAUCGCUUUGCUUCUCAAAGAAAUUUUGAUUAAAAAACAAACUCAGUGAUCGAAUGUGUCUUGCAGAUCGGUGUCUGGCAGAUCAAUUAUUUUUGUGCUCCCCACUGAAACAUCAGGAUAUUUUUCGAUUACCAAGUUCAAUAAUAAUUGUUAAUUGUUUAAGUGUAAAAGAUUAGGUAAGUUUUAGUGAUGUUAAGUGUAUCAAAUCCCUUUUACCAGGCGUAACUUUAUUUCUGCUGGUGCAGCAGCAGGUGUGGCCUCAGCGUUUGGGGCUCCUGUUGGUGGUCUGCUCUUUUCUAUGGAAGAAGUGUCUUCUUUUUGGAACAUGAAAUUAUCCUGGCAAACAUUCUUUGCCUGCAUGGUGUCAACAUUUACUACAGUAAGUAUAAUAAAUUUUCAAAUUAUGUUAUUUUCUUUCGUACAUUAGAAUGCAGCAUAGUUUGCUUGUCAUCUCUGUUGGGUGGAAAAGUUGCGUGUACACUCAACCUUAGGUUUAGCAUUGAUGAUUUAAUUGACAGUACCCGGAAAGCUCUCCUAAUAAGGAGACUCUUGUAGUUGGACAGCUCUUCUUUUUCGGCCACCUUCACAAAUCCCUGGUUCAAAUCCUAUAAAAACUCUGUAUUUUUACAUUCCUUCUGUAAGAAACCGCAGACAUAUAUGUCAAGGGUUUAUUAGUUAGAUUUUGGCUGUGUUUUUAAGCGGCUUAAGAGAACACCCGAAAUAAAAUCCUAGUCUCCUCUGAAUCUUGUACUUUCAUAAAUUAACUCUAAAUCACUGUUAUAAAUCACUUUUACUUUAAAAUAAAUGUAUCAGUUUCUUUGAUUGGUUGGUUACACUUUGAAAACCCACUUGAAUUUUGUGGUGGUAUAUAUCUUGCAAAAUUGUCAGAACAACAGUAUUGCCAGACUGUAACAAACAGUUUUGUUGCAUUUCCAAUGUUUAUUUGUAGCUGGGUGGGCUCCCAAAAGUACGUGGCCAUUUAACUCCUUCACCUCUAGUGGCCGCUUUGAGAACCAUUCUCAUACGACAGGUGGCCAGCGUUAGUUAUGGGCACCUUUUUUGUUGUCCCAAGGGUGUCCACUUAUGAGAGCUUCCACUGUAUGUAUUUAAUUUUAAGGUCCAAGAGGGGCGUUUAACAUGAUGUGUGUUUUAAUGACCAGAGAGGCAAUUAUUUUCUUAACUGUAAAAAGCUUAAGAAAAAUUAAAUGUUAAUUGCUUUCCAUGAAAGUAUCAACAGUGCACAUAAAUGCAGAAUAUCCUGUCUAUCCAUUGAAGAGCCAAAAUAAGUUUAAUUAACUCAAAGUUGCCAAAAACAAAACAGGCUAUCAUAGAUUACUUUAAAAAGGAUCAAAUGAACAUGUUGCGAUCUUACAAAAAAUUGCAUUUCUAUUCCACUUUUACAAGAGCCAUAAUAUUAUGGCUCUUGACUUUUACAAGAGCCAUAAUAUUAUGGCUCUUGACUUUUAAGAAUGAUGUAAGUAGUUCAGAAUAUUUAGACCAAUUUUGUUAGUAUAGUUAAUAGCAUAGUUUAAUCAAAAGUAGGUUGAGUUUGAUCGUCCGGGUGAACAUAGUCCUGAAUAGGACUGUUGCUGACAGUACCUGACGUUUCGACAACCUGUGCAGUAGUCAUCUUCGGAGUCAAAGUGAGUUGUAUCACUUCAGCUGAUGGUAUUAUACCCUGGUUAUUGAUCUGAUUGGUCAAUUACUUCGCGAUGUUAUUGGUCGUCUGUAAGUUAAGCCGUGAGGUUAUUGGCUAUAAAACUCAUAAUCAGUAAUUGGUGCGUUUCAAUCCGUCUUUUGUCACAGUUAAACAGUCGACUAUUGUUAGUCAAAUUGUCAGUUCUCCAGUCGUUCUCUCGUAGUUAGUUUUGCUUGAUCUCGUCAAUAAGUCGUUUGUAAGGCGCUGGUAACUGUUGGCUACAAUUCAGUAGCGUUUGUUCUAAGUUAGUAAAGCAGCUUUCUAAAGUAAGAUGUUGAUAGUAGUCUGUAGAAUAUGUUAUACAAGUCGCAGAGUCCCAGUCAAUUUGAUGUUUUGACUGGAGAACUGAUGUUUCGAUACAAAUCUUAUGCUCAAAGAUAGGGGGACAGUGCGAAGCAAACUUUAUUAAGUAAAAAUAAAAACUUCCCUUAAGUUGUUGAUCACGCUGAAAGAGUGAGAUAUUAAAAUAAAUGUCUUAUUUAAUUUUGCUGUUAUAUAGGUUUUGUUGAAUUCAGCUUUGAAAGGAUUCACGUAUCAAGGAGACUUUGGAUUGUUCAAAGCUGAAAAGAACAUAAUAUUUCAGGCAAGUAUCUUGGCAAAGUAUUUGUGGCUGUAUUAGUGUAGUGUAUUUUGAUAUACAAGUUCAAACAGGAGCACAUGCCUUCUGUUUGCAUCUGAGUCUGGGUGGAAUUUGCUGCAUGAUCUGUAUUUUUAAACAUCUCCAUCCCUCUAAUGGUCCCCAGCUUUAAGUGUGCCCCAAUCUGAUAUAUUUGUUUCAUUGCAGGUUAGCUACGACAUUGGUGUAAACAUUCUGGCAUUCAUACCCACUGUUAUUCUCGGCAUUAUUGGUGGACUGUUGGGUGCUGCGUUUACAUUUAUUUAUUUAAAGGUACAAUAUGUAUGUAUGAUAAUGAUUGGUUGCUGAGAACGCUGUAUCCCUUUUAGCUUCUGUAAAUGCACCAUCUUUUGGGUACAACUGAUUCAAUAAAGGUUGCUUUGGGAAUUGGGAAUUGCACAUUGGGAAGGUAUUGUUUGGUGUUCACUCAAGUAAAGGAUUAAAAAAAUCAUUGCAUUGUUUCCUAUGCCCAAAUGGCCAAUGCCCCAUUGCCCGGGAAGGGGGUGGGCGCACUUUAGGAAUUUCUGGGUGGGGAUGUGCCGCUGGGACCCUUGGACCCUGGAACCCUUAACCUAUACCAGACCUAGUUCAGCUGAAUUUUGCUACCAUAUACUAGAGUAAACUCCCCAAAUCCCCCCUAUCCUAGAGUAGCUGUUUUCCAGAAACUACUGAGGUCACUAGCAUAGUCUAGCCAAAACAAAACCUCAUACCACAAUCCCUAGUCUAGAUAAAAUCUUCAACCAACUGAUCAGUUUCCUGAAAAAUGAUACUCUAUUCUAGACCCAAACACUCUGAUUUAUAAACCCUAUCCUAGAGUAAACUUCUUGAAAACCAUACCCUUCACAGCGGCACAUACCUAUAUAGCCCAUAUAUGGCAGUACCCUCCCCCUCUGGGUCCAAUUGUCAAUGACCAAGUACUAAAGCAGCGUUUUUUGAUUUAACUGUGUACCAAGGACAAAUUUGAACUACAACUACCUGAUUGAAAAAACGUUGUUGCUUUAAAAGUAUCAACCAUGAAUGAUGAAGCUUCAAGGUAUACGUUCAUUAACACUUGGCAUAUAUAAAGUUCUUUCAACAAAAGUUGACAUUGUCAUGAGCUGCUCGUGCAGAUGCAAAUCCCUAGAAUACUUUGUUUAAGGCAUGCCUUGUCUUUUUAUGUCUUCUAAGAAAGCUUUUAGGUCCUAUUUCAUGAUUUUCAAGUGUGGCCACAUUCUUUAACUGUAGAGAUCUCUGAUGUUCCCUGCACAGGUGUAGUUGUGAACUUAUCAUUAAGAAAGCCGGAAACUGUUUGAUCUUUUUGGAAUGCAUUGUCGGGAAAAGCUGCGAUAAUGUAAACUAUUCUGGAAAGACCAUAAUCGAUUACGUCCCAUCGAUCAUGGCUUUUUAUACCUUUUCAAAGCAACAACGUUUCUUCAAUCAGUUGUAUAUAACAUGCUUGAAGUUUACAGUGGUUGACAUUACCUUCAUUUUCAGUUGUUGGUUUUUAUCAGUUCAGUAUGUUCAUAUGGGUUGAUUGCAUUGAUUGUUCUUGAAGAUUGUAAGGUUUAGACGAUCACAAAUUGGCAAAAUAAAAUCCGUGCGGUGGAAGAACGUAGCCAAGAUAUCUGAACCAGUUCUUAUAAUGGUAUGUGCUUAAUAUAACCUGCAUUAAAAUCUAUUAAAAUAUAAAGUUUUAAUCAGCACUUCAAUCAAAAGAGUAUGUAGCUUCUCUUCUUUCUUCCUAUGGGUGUCUUGUAUAAAGAAGAGUGGGAGGCAUCUCAAUAAGUCUCGGAUCAAUUCAGGUUUGUGGGAAACUGUCCACCUACCCCUCCCCUAAGCUAUCAUUAAUACUUACUUCUCACUUAGGGCAAAAUGUUGGCUUAGGGAAGGGUAGGUGGACAGUCUCUCAGAAACUUAAAUUGAUCCAGAGUCUCUUAGGUGCUACACCAAAUGCAUUGGAGAAUUUCUAAGUAUUCUCUGUAAUGAAAAUUGUGUAUUGUAUCAGCAUAGAAAGUGGUCUUUUUCAAGUUCAAAUAAGAAGCCCAUUAGUGCAGGCUAGAAAAAAGGUUGUUUGUCCUUACUGCUGGUACUGUGUGCUGCACAGCUCCACUUGCAUUAAACGUGGAUAAACUUAAGUAAUCCCAGGUUGUUUAUUGUACUGCAGAUUAUAAUCGGUACAGCUUCUGUAUUUUUGCCUGCUGCAUUCCCUUGCACCUCGUUUCAGAGCAAUUUUACCUCUGAAGGGUAAGUAAGUAAGUAAGUAAGUAAGCAAGAGACUUUAUUUUAUGAGGGUGACACGUAACAGUAACUAAACAUUACUGAUCAACUUGUGGCCCUCUAAAAAUAUAAAAAUGCAAUUUAUAAAAAUACUUAAGCAAUAAAUUAUUAUUUACGAUAAACAAUUCCUAGGAUUCGAUAAAAAUAAAAAUAAAAAACUAUUAAAAACGAAGAGCAUCCAAUAUCCAGCUAUUGUCAUUAAUUUAGGUCCUCGAAAUAUAAAAUUUAAAACUAUUUUCCAUAAUUCAUAAAAGUGAUCGGGGAUUCCAGUCCUUUAGUUCUUACAGCAAAGGUGAUGUUAAAUAAUUCACGUCAUAAUUUCUCGACUUGAGUGAACAUCGGAGUUUUUUCUCAGAGAUGCGCUUAAAUAGUCGGGUAACUGACUACCAUUUAUCCUUUUAAAGGCCAGUUCACAACGUUUAAUAUACGCUUCAUUAUAAAAGAGGAUCCAGCUUAGGUUGUUAAAUAAUGUUACUGUUCGACUUGUGCGUUGUGCUUCAAGAAUAAUACGUGCGGCCCGUUUCUGCUUACGGCGGAGAACUCUCUCAAGUACCUCUUUGUUGCACGAAGUUCAUACUGUGCUUGCAUACAUCAUAAGAGGUUUAAUUACUGCGUUAAAAUAGAUUAUCCUCUGGUUUUUCUUUAAGUAGGGGCUAAUGUGGCGCAAAAGGCCCAGUCGCUUCGAAAGUUUGAUGCAUAGUUUAUCGACGUGCAUUUCGUAGGUUAGAUGUUCAUCAAUGCUAACUUCAUAUAGUUUAAGUAGAACUCAAACAAAAAGGAGCAAACACAGAAAGACCUUCAGGAUAAAGUUACUCAUGUUAUGGAAGAACUGAAAAAGACAUAGAGUCAAGGCUCUUUUUGGCAGUGAAUGGAGUCCUUGAAAAAUAGGAAAUGUGUCCUUGAAAAGUCCUUGAAUUUUUUGUUCAAAAAAGAAUACGAACCCUGUUGUAAGAAAAAGUGAGACCAGAAAGUAGAGUGCAGAAAAACAAAUAAAGUGCUUGGUUAAGGAAACAAAGCGAUAGCAGAGUCAGCACCAGGCCUCUCUACCAGGUCUCUAUUAAAGAACCCACGCACUCUUCGUAAAGAGUAGGGCACGUAGUGCCCGGUGUAGUGGUCUAUCUCACUUUCACACUCAUGUAUGGGGGCAUCAUCACUCAUUCCUUCAGAUGAAACAUCGUCUGGCAAAGUCCCCAACCAGUGUUAAAUUUUAUCAACCCUGUGGGAGGGAUAAUAAGAUAUUUACGUUUCUGCUUGUCACUGCCUGAGGAAACAUCGUUCUCUUUAAUUUUAUUAACAAGGCUGACAUUUUACAACGCCCCCACUGGUUUCCCCGUGAAAUGACGUCUGAGAAACAAGUUCAGAAAUUGUAUACUGAUGACGUCACUAUCCAGAUCCGGGUAGUGCUUCUGAUUGGCCGUGCCACGCGGGGAAUUUGCGUCAGCCAAUCAGAAGCACUACCCAAAGGAUCUCCAGUAUGGAUUCUCAGAUGUCAUUUCGCGGGGAAACCAGUGGUGGCAUCGCGAAUGUCGGCUGUUUUCUCAGGCUAGUCACUAGGCUUAAAAUUCAUCUUCACAUUCAUAUCCGCAUCGUCAGCUUGUCACCUAGCAGUAUUCAGAAUGUUUGAAACAUGAACCUGAGCUGCCAACAGGUUUCUUAUAGCUCAGCAAUAGAGUAUCUGGACUAGAAACGAGGUUAUCAAGGAUUCGACUCCAGCCGGGAGAACUCAACUUCAACUUCAACGUAAUUCAUUAAAAAUGGUAUUAUAAUAGACUGGCCGCAAGAUAGCAAUUGCUAAUGUAGAAGGCCCAGUUAAAAGAAAAAAAAUAGAUCAAAUGAAAGAAAGGAAAAUAUUUGAAGUUACAAUAAUUCUUAUUUCUAUCAUAGUUUUAUUUUCAUUGCCACUACAUCCAAGGAAAACGAAAAAGGAGACGGAGAGCGGAAAACAUAUAAUUUUAGACAGAAAUUACUCAACCUUUAGUUCAGCUUUUUUAAUUAUCAACGGCGUAAUCGAUAUGGUCAUUUUGUCUUUUUAAGGUAUCGGAAAGCAAUCUGUGAAGUACUUUCGUAAAUUCCUUUUUAGGAAGAUCUCUAAUAUCACAAGUUAUCUCAUUCCAAAGUUUUACGCCAAAACGAGACAAGGAGUUUUUGUGUAACUCAGAUUUUCUUCUGAUUCCUCUCUGUCACUGCCUGAAGAAAGAUCAUUUUCAAAUCCAUCACUGAUCACCAUUGACCUUGGCUAAAUUAUCUAGGCAAAUGUGCACCCUCACAAGCCCGUUGCUAAUGCUCCAUCUCUUGUAAAUAAUAUUGUCCAAGGAACAUGACGUUAAAUCCUGGUGAAAAGUGUUUGACAGGCAGUCAGCGUCCUAUGCUCACUGAGAGAGACGUCAAGAACUACACCUGUCCUGUAGGAAUCACUAGAGUCAUCAAUGGAACAGAGUUUACCAACUCUUCCUUUAAUGAAGGUAACCAGGGAAUGGGGGAAGGGGUAGAAGUAAUGAAUUUGGUUAUGAGUGGAAACAUUUUCAGCAAUUGAAGUUUUUCAAACGUUUUCAAUAUUUUCUAGUAUAGUAAAUUUCUGGGCGUGGCGUUUGAGCACAGUCUUUCAAAGCGAUAGGAAGACUGUCGCAGUAGGAUCACAUGAGCCCUUGACGUUCUCGUAGCCGUUGCCGUCGCCGCCAUCGUUGCUAUAGCUCCAGACGUUAAAAGCUGCGUCUGAUAUAAGAUUUUGUGUGCAACGGUACCCUACCUUAAAACACUUUACGUUAAAUGGACGUACCGAGGCUCUGUUAAAAUCAUUUUGGGGACGGAUAAGCGGUACAUUUGCGUUCGAGAAUCCAAAAAAGGAAUCAACGCAAAGACCAAAAUGUAAAAAGGAAGAGUAACUCUCAGACAUUGAUGGCACUUUUCCAUUCCCCACUCCACUCCCCUAAUUACUAGUGGUAGCUCAUGGAUGUAUAUCGUGGUUUCUAAUCAUUGUGGGAUGUAUUUCUUUUCUUUUCUUUUUCUUUAGUUGCCACAUUGUUAUUUGCAACUGGAGAAAAAGCCAUUCAUCGCUUGUUCUCCAGGAAUACGCCUGAUAAGCUGGGAUAUGCGUAUGUAGCAAUAAUUCUCUUAACGCAACCUUAGACAAGACAAUUAUAAGUGGCCUCCAAAAUCUCAAACUUGUUUGAUUUUCCAAAAAAUAAAUUUCCCAACGUUAAAGCUUUAUAGAACAAUUUUCUCUCUAGCUAUAGCGGAACAGAAGCUCUUCUCUUUUAUCUCAUUUUGUAGUUGUUUUUUUUUUUUUUCAACACUUAAAAAACUUUUGAAAAUUAGUUCUCCGUUAAUUAUAGUAACUUCACAGCUGUUUUUCUUUCAAGCAGUUAAAUUACUUUCGUUGUGAAUUUCCAAGUGUUCCUCGAGAUUGAAUUUGGAAUGCGCCAUUCUUGGUUUUCAAAUGACGUCACCAAAAUUCAAACUAAGAAACUAUCGCUUCUUCUGAGCUUCUACUUUCAUUUGGUACUAGAGCACCCUAAAGCCUUUAUACAAACAAAUUCUCGGUGUAAAAGGGUUCUUCGUGUUGCGAUACAGGACGCUUUAAUUUCCAGGCUUUUGCGUGACGCGGCGUUUAGCUGGCGGCCGGGAAAGUUCUUAUGUGGGUUAAAAACCUUCCGGAUUUUGGGAGAUUUCGCCAUCUAAACAUAAAUAUUAGUUUAAUCUUUAUGAGUUCCUCAACCGAAGAGUUCACGCAUUAGUAAGGAAACUAAAAAACAGAUGUUUCUGUUGGUUUCCGGCGGCCAUAUUUGUGCCCCUAAAAGGGGCACAAGCAAGGGACACAAGCAUGGCGUCUCUAAACAAAGCUUUAUAAAUUUCGGUAAAACGUUUUUCCAAAUAUCUCGCAUAUGAAAUAUGGCACAGACCUGAUUCUUGGCUCUGAAGGCUUUUUGUAUAUUUAAGAGUGGACUUAGCUAUUGUGUCUGAUGAAAGGAAGACAAACAGGGGCACCCAACGACUGUUUUCUGUAAAAUAUCUGUUCGGAGAAGCAAAUUUUGCCUAGAAUUUUCUAUUGCCUGGAUAGGGCCAGAAAUUUCUAGAUGAGCGUUCCAUUCAGGUACAAUUUUCGAAGCUUAUCUAAAAAAUUCCCUACGAUUUUCUGAAGAUUAAUUUUUCAUAUUUUACUCCUUGUGUUAGGCUAAUUUUCGUAGAAAAAGGAAACCUAAAAGUUUCGGAUUCAAAAAUGUGAUGGAGAGUGGAAUAACACAAAUUCUCACUUCCGUAAAACGUUCAAUUGCAUCUAACAUUUCCGGAAAAAUAACACUGAAGCCCUUGUAAUUUCGAAAAGCCUCAAGCUAAGGUCCCCUAGGAUGACCGAACAGAUACAAAUUUUAUAGCGCCGCUUAGAAUGCAUUUCUAGGGAUCUAAAAGUACUCUGGAUAGCCUAAAAAGACUUUUCGAUGGAUUUAGGAGGAAACCGUCGUUGGGUGCCCCUGAAGAUAAAUCUGUUAUCUGAUUUUGAAAAAUUCUGUUAAACAAAUGGCACCAUCAUGAUGGUAAAGUACCGUUAAAGAGGUUUCACUUUCAUAGUCACAGUCGACACCAUGAUUUUUUCGCCACUUACUAAAAAGGUAUAUUUAUAUCACAUAUCUUGAUCAUUAAAUCUAGUGUGAUUGACGUUUUUAAUAAUAAGCAAAUAUCGAACCUUGUAGAUGGAUUUUGUCUCUUUUUUUCAGGUCGCUGUUUACAGUUUUAGUAAUCUACUUUCUACUAGCGUGUUGGUCAGCUGGAACUGCUAUCUCUAGCGGUUUGUCGUCGUGUUGCCUAUUCAGGAUGCUUGGGAAACCUGUACAAAGAUCUGUGCGUCCAGGAUGCUUGUCUAAAGGAAACCUGUUGCUUUUCCCAUGAUCAAAAAGGAAAACAGUAACCUGAAGCCUGGAACUGUUGGUCACGAUUUGCAGUUGUCUCAAAUAAACUCAGCCAAACUUAAACACGUGUAAAAGCUGUUUUGUUAAACACGGUUUAAUGUUUUCCUUCAUAAAAACUUCCUAAUGUUUUGUGGCACAAUUGAAAGGCUGGAAAGCAUAAGUCAAAACUUACUUCAAAUCUAUGUAACGGCAGUCGUUAUUAAGUUUUCUUUUCCUGAUAUUCGUUUUGUUUUAGCUUGACUAAACAUGUUUUGUUGGUGUUAGUAGGGCUUUUUAAGUGUUACUAGAUGUGUUAUCUUACUAAUCAAGCCUUUGGCCAACUCUAAGAACUCGUGGAUUGCAUACACUUAUUUUCCCGCGCUUGGCAUUGAUCCGCAGCUAAAUGUUCUUUUUUUUGAGUUCUGAUUGGUUAAUGGGACCGUUUGCAGCUGUUGUGAUUGGUCAUGAAGAAUUAUGCAGAUGGAGGGCCGAUGUGGAUAACAUCUUCCGAGAUCUGCAUAAUUCUUUGUAUCCUACGAAAGCCGAAUUCAUUAAUUGCUUUAUUAUUCAUUCAAAAUAAUUCCUAGUUUAAAAACAAGCUAAAACAUGCUUAGCUUCGUCGAUGUUAUGUUCACCUCGAUAGUGCAUGAACAUAGACAGGAACGUAAAUUUCUUAAUUGGAAUAAUUAUUCACGAAAACCUUUCAUGGAAACCGCGCAUCACUUCCAUCUGUGAUAAAGUCGCUAAGGUCGCUAAGUCGAGACGAUACUUACCCUCGGUCACUCUGAAAACCUUAUAUUAUUCCUUCUUUCUACCUUAUAUCAACUAUUGUAAUCUCAUGUGGGCAUCUACAUAUGCCUCCUACCUUGAACCCCUCUAUCUACUCGAAAAGAAAGCCAUUCGAAUUAUCACCUUUUCUUUUCCAUGAACACGCUCUAAGCCUCUUUUGUCGAAGCUUAAUAUUUUUUGUCUCCAUUCACUCUACAAAUUCCAUGUUUCUAGUUUUGUAUUCUCACACUUUAAUCGCCUUCUACCUGCCUCUCUUUCCUCGCUUUUCCACUGUAAUCGUGAUUUUCAAGGUUUUCUAACUCGUUCUCGUUUCAACUUGCAUAAAAUGUCCGUCAGGUAUCAAUUUGUUAUUAGUUCUCAAGCCCCGAUUAUUUGGAACGAUAUUCCCUUGACUGUCCUUGACAGCCUUACCACUACUAACUUUAAAAAGAAACUAAAACUUCACUUUUCAAGCCUGAAUUGAACUAGCGCAGGAUUCUCAUAGUUUAUUGUUAGUUUAUUUGUCACUAGUUUUUUCUCAGUUAUCGGACUGCAUGCGUGUAAACGUACUUAAUUUCAGUUUUGUAUCUUGUUUUAGUUUUGUAAUUUAGCCUACAGUCUUCAUUUCUACAUAAAGUAAUUUCUGUCACGCUGACUACAGGCCGCAUAAGCCCCCGGUUUUGGCUUUACUGAGUUUGUACUAUAGAGCCUGUGCGAGGCGACCAUGUUGGAAGAGUAGACAAUAAAUGAAAUAUUUACAUAAAAAUGAAUUUUUUGCCCAAAGGAAAAUCGUGUGAUUGUUUUACUCCUCCAACAUAGCCGCAGCCCACACACUCUAUGUGAACGAUGGAAUAAUCAAGUUAAAGUUAAGGUUUAGACAAUAGUUCGUCGUGAAACAAGUCAUAUGUUCCGCCGACUGUUCGGCCAUUUUUCUUUUCAAGAACAACUCAACCUCGUCCCCAGGUCUGCUCGGUUAACAGUGCAUUAGGCUGCAACAGUGUUCUGCACUUUUGACGUCAUCGGUUGAUUAAUCGCAAAAUUCUUCCAAAUUUGGUCAACAGUAGCUUGUUAUGGUGAAUUAGGCGUGUGCUUUUAGCCUAUCAGAAACGAAGAAAUAUUUGGAAUGAAUAAUGAAGUACUUUAUCUGGUCACUAAUUCACGUAGAGAUCUAAUCUUUUUAGAUUUAUAGGUGCGACGUAUGGACGGAUUAUUGGAAGAGCUAUGGUUGACUUGUUCGGUUUUCACUCAACAGGUGUGUGGCUUUUAAACGAGUGUGCUUGUUCGCGCCAACUUGAGAAAACAAGAAAAUGCAUAGCCUGCGAACACAGUCGCCUUCCCUCUCAUCCCGUUGCAGCGAUUUUUAAUGCAACUAAAACAAUAGAUGAAUCAGACUGCCGACAGAGCUUGCCUGCGUCGCAGACCCUCUAAACCUUCUGUAUAGGUUUAGACGAGUGCGUGGGCCGGCUACAACGUAGACUACGACAGAGCCUUCGUUUGUCUUUUUUGCCCUGCUGGCAGGAUGUAGAUAAAUUGGAUGAAUUAAAUGGAUCGUGAUACGUUUCUGGGAAACUGCCCGCCUACCCCUCCCCUAAGCCAAUAUUAAGACUUACUUCUCACUUACGGCAAAAUGUUGGCUUGGGGGAGGGGUAGGUGGGCAACUUAUAAUGAUCGAGUUAAAUGAAUUUUACGCGAGCGACUCUCGUAUGACGUACAAAGCAAAGCCAGUUUAUUACGAACUAGAACUAGUUAGUAAAAUCCAACUAGUGGUCUAUUAUCAAUGCUGCGUUCUGAUUGGUUGAGCUGCUACUAGGUUAUAUGUUAUAGCCCCCUAGUAGCGAAAAGCGUGGGCUUUUUGGCGGCAAGAAAGGAUUAAAGAGUAGCUUUUAACUAGCUAACAUUUUUUUAUUUUCGAUAUCUUUGACCAACUAGUUGGAUUUUACUAAAACAAUUAUUCCUCUCGCCCUCAUGGCCUUCGAGUCAAUAGCCCAUGAGGCCGAAUGACUCAGAGCCCAUUCGGGCUCGAGGAAUAAUUGUUAAAUAUUCUCUUCAUUCUGGCUGGUCAAGAGGACGAGCCUUUUUGACUCGUUGGGUUACACUUGAUUGGAAAUCUAGCGACGCUUGUUUUGAUCGUUUUAUUUUUUCAUAAACGGGUUAGGGAAAAAAAAAUAUUACUUUUGUCAAUUAACAGGACAUUCCAUUCGUUGACUAUGACCUUCGGAACAGCAGUUUGCAUUAACAAGAAGUCCCCUGUGCAACCCCUAGAGAAGUAGUUUUGAAAGUAAUCGUAUGUUCCGGCUGACUUUGUAUUUUUACAUCAGGUUACUGGGCGUGGAUGGAUCCAGGAGCCUUUGCGCUUAUCGGUGCAGCAUCAUUUUGUGGUGGAGUGUCAAGACUAACCGUUUCAUUAACAGUGAUUAUGGUAAGUCAAAAUAUCGGGUUAAAAUAACUAGAACAGUCAAAACUGAAAAGAAUCGGCUCUUAAUGAGCGAUUCGUUAUCUUUUAUUAUUAUUUGUUUAGUAUAUUUCUCCGUUUCUGAUUGACUCAAAUCCCUCGGCUAAUUCUUCAUGACAAGUUGGCGUUGUCCAAAUUUGGAAGAGUUUGUGAUAAUUGGGAAAAUGACAUCAGCAGUACAGAGGAUAUGGGAACGAGGUUGCGUUUGCUUAGGUCCAGUUCAAACGUCGAUCUUUUCAUGUAGCGAACGUAAUCCCUUCAAUUUAGAACAUGAAGAGAUCGACGUUUGAAUCAGUGGUCCAACAUAUCCUGAAUUUGCGUCGACCUAUUAAUUAAAAUCGAGUGGCCCACCACAGGGUCCAGAGGAGAUGUGUUUGUCGUUAGAACAUCAAAAGCCGUCGAAAACCUCUGAAAAAAUGGGUUAUUUUGAUCGCGUUACAGUUUCGUUACACAUUCUAUAGACCGCAAACCAAGAGACUGAGGGCUCGUAAGAUCGCCAGUGAGGAUAUGGCUUGCGGUUAUUGAUUUUCAAAAUGGCGAACAACAAAGUGGAUCUGGUCAGGUAAGAAGCGAAGAAAUCGUUUACAGUAGAUUCAGUAAGAUCCCAUUGGGCUAAUUAAUCGUGCUAAGCGACAGGUAUAGACAUUUUUCAAGCUGAGACUUUAAACAAGUAAUUCAUUUAUUCACACGAAACUCCUCUGGACCCUGUGGCCCACAUGGGAAUUUCGACCGUAGAGUGAUUUCGCUUCAAACGUCUAACUUCUCAUAUGCCGAACCUAAUGCAUAAAUUACUAAAAUUUAUUUUCAUUAGUAAGCAUUUUAGACCAGUGUACAUUGUGAAAAUGAAUUUAGUCCAACUAAGUAAGUUCGACGUCUGAAUUAACCGUCGAAGUUGUAUCAUUUGGGUCGAUCUAAAUAGGUAUUAACCCUUUAAACCCUAAGAUCAGAAUUUGAAUUCUCAUUUAUUGCCCCUAUUCAUUUCCAGCAGACGUAGUGGGGAGAAGUUGAUAAAAUAUCACACAAAUACGUCUUGUGUGAUCAUGUCCUUAAUUCUCAUGACCACUCUGUUUUACAAAGCAUUGCUAUUACAAGGGGAAAUUUGAUGCUGAUCACUCUUAGGGCUUAAAGGGUUAAGUUCGGUACAUGAAAAGAUCAACGUUUAAACUGGGCAUUAGCUGCUUUGGUAGAGCUGGAGAAAAUGGCGGAAAUGUUGACGCGUUUUUCGAACAAGAAAUAGCCAACCUACUGCUAAAUGUUUUUAAUCCUGCGGAACAGUGCUAGCAUCAAACUACUGUUAGGAAUUAUAUCUCUUACAAAUUCAUUGGACUUUCAGAUGGAGAUCACAAAUGACGUCCAGUUCUUGUUACCGAUCAUGGUCGCCAUUAUGGUAGCGAAGUGGGUUGGUGACUUUGUCACUCAUCCUCUUUAUUUUGCACUGCUGGAAUUAAACUGCAUUCCCUUCCUUGCUGAACCUGUUAUUCUCCACAAGGGAUCACGAGCGUAAGUCGUUAUAGGUGAAUGGCUCUCAGAUUGUCCCAGUUUUUUUCCUCCCACGCAUUGGCUGGUUUUCAUUCGGGAGCUUAGGUUAUAAAGACAUUUUAAACAACGCAUGUUUGUACACCGGAAAUGGACUAUUUGGAUUCAUGAGCAGUGGUUUUGUCCAAUAUUUCGGACCAAUCGUAUGUGUAAGAGUAAUAAAACUUGGCAAUAAAAGUUGAAUAGGGUCAAGGCAUAUUAAAAGGAAACUUAAGGCCUCGCAUUCGGUUGACGUGCGUGGCUCAGGCAACGCCUUUGCUUUAGUUCCCUGUUAGUGAACUUUCACCUUCAAACGACACAUGAUCGUACUCAGGUCGCUCAAAAUUCUCGUGUGUUUCCCGCGCGUAGCUAUGACGACAUUUAUUGCUUUAAGUUCAGGCCGCAGUUGUUCAAAAGCUGGUCAGCACUAUCCACUGGAUAAAUCACUAUCCAGUGGGUAAAUAUUAGGGAAACCACUUGCGUUCUCCAAUGGACAGAGAUUUCUCCAGUUUAUAGCUUUAUCCACCUUUUGAACUAUUGGGACCUGAUUGAUUCCUUGAAUUUUCUGAGUUUGCUGUACAUGGAUGAAGUCGUGAAUUCAAUUUUAGAUUGAUCUUUAGAGAUUUGGUUUCAGUUUUAGACAUUCGGCGAGGUUUUAAAUUGACUAUUAAGGCAACACUAAGGGGAAUACCAGUUAUAAACGAGUCUCGUUCUCUCAAAUCCAUCUGAAAUUGGCCAUUCGCGAGUCACCCAAAGGCUCUUGUUUCAAAGCUCUUAAUAUGAAAAUGAGGUUACAUUCCCAUGCAAAUAAAUCUCAUUUUCACAAAAAAAGGCAUUGCAAGUGAGACUUUUUGGAACUCUUGUUAAGGUUUGUGAUUCACGUAAAUUUCCGGGUUGAGAAUUUGAGUUGCGAAUUUAAGUUCAUAAAGGCAAAGGAAUAUCAACAAAUGUUGUCAUGCAGAGAGUGGGACAUAAAUGUAAAAACCAACACAAGGCAACGCAUUGAUUUACUCAUCAAUCACGUUUUUGUUUCCUUCUUCGCGCCGUGUUUCCCUUUGUUAUUAUUAACGCCUGCUAAUCAAAAAUCUUCAUCGACUUUUUUUCUUCUAAGCAACUUUCUUUGCUCUUUUAGGAUUAACUUGGAGUUGUUAAAAGCUGGAGAUGCCAUGUCGUCGCCGGCCAUUGUAAGUUUAACAGAAUUAACACAUACUUUUUUAUUAUUUGAAACCGAAAGUUGCUGUAAAAAAUUUUUAGGGAGUUUCAUGUCUGAAAAAGGGGAUUAAAAAUACCAGAAGGUUAUGCAGAAAUCCAAGGGUCACGUUUGUUUUUGAGACUUUCUUUGCAUUUUAUUUCCAAAAGCAAACGGAUCAUUUUAACGUUUCUGGGAAACUGCCCACCUACCUCACCCCUAAGCCACCAUUAACACUUACUUCUCACUAAGGUCAAAAUGUUGGCUUAGGGGAGGGGUAGGUGGGCAGUUUCGGCGUCCUGAAGUGAUGCACUGAUCAGCGACCAUCCCAGGGACACACGCGGUUAGAGUGCGGCUUUGGUCCAGUAUGGUUGGGAGCGAAUCACUUAAUUGCAUUUUUCAUAGUGUUUAAGAAACUCGAGGAGACGUUUGGAAGUAUAGACGUACAGCUGGGUCCUCUUCUUCGGUGCAUGCCUGAAGAAUUCAAUUCCUCGCACGCUCAGGAACUAAAUCCUUGAAGUUUGCAUUUUCAUCUUUCAGGUUGUUCACAAAAUCGAGUCAGUGUCUCGACUCACUCAGCUUUUGCAAGAUACCCGUCACUGUGGGUACCCUGUGGUGGUAAAAACCGACAGAGGGGAUGAAGUGUUCUCAGGUUUAAUAUCUCGGUAAGUAUUUCCUGUCUAGGGUAAGUGUACUCCUUCCCUGUAAUUUCCUCUAACCUUCCCACCUGCCCAAAUUCUCCCCUCUCACUGUUCCCUCCUCACUUGCGUUACCUACUGACAUCUCUCUUUCCGCGCGCGUUACGUGCCGGUUGUCCUCCAAGGACCAUAGCCUUGUCGUGAGCCACUUUUUUUCCUGUAACUAUGGGUGAGAGGGACUGAGUUUGACGCACACAAAUUUGGGUAACCUGUGCUAGCGAAUAAUGCACGUAUAGGCACAGCGCGGUACUUGUCUGACACCGCAAAGAAGAGGUUUUACCACAGGUAGCCCAAGCUCGAAAUAUGAGCAUCGGCAAACAUCGGCAUUGUUGCGUAACAAUCUAAAUAUAAGGGUUUUUACGUCCUUCCCUUGAGGGGUGCAUAGGUAUGUUGUAGGUAAAAAAGAAAAUUCAGGUGAAAAAAUUGUGACCUAGGUUGAUUCUCGAUAUUCUUUUUUUCUAACCUAAAUUAUUGCAAAUAAUGAAAGGGAGACAAAGGAAGCUGAUAAUUGAAUUACCACGAAAAAAUUAAUCAAAAUUUGAUUUUGACUUUCAACACUUACACUCUAUUAGUUAUUUAUAGUCCCUUUAUGUAACGCAAAAUUUAUUUCGUUUCUAAGGCCCAGUUCAGACGUCGUGCUUCUGCCGUGCCGAACUAAAUUCAGGAAUUAAGUUCGACAAAAGCACGGCAGAAGCACGGCGUCUGAAUCAAACUUUUGAAUGAAGUUCGGCAAGCAAUUAAGUUCAACAAGCGCUGCCGUGCUACACGGCUCUGGCACGGCAGCGAUUCAAACGUCGUGCUUCUGCCGCGCUAAACAAAAUUCAUAAAUUAUAUUAUUGUAUUUUGGCGAGAUUGCGUUCCCACGGGGAGUUGGGAGAAGAGUUGUUACGAGGCAUCAGUAAAUCCUGAAUUUGGUUCGACUCUGGCACGACAUCUGAAUCAAAGUUGUUUUCCUGCCGUGCUAUAGUCGAACCAAAUUACAAUUAAGUUCGGCACGGCAGAAGCACGACGUCUGAACUGGGCCUAAGGUGGCAUAAUAUCGCCAAUGUCCACUUCUGUUGUUGCCUUUUAGAAACGACAUCAUGGUUCUUCUGUCUCGCGAAGAUAUAUUUUGUUCUCGAGAGAAACUAUCACUGUACCAAGAGGAGUCGGACAUAAACAGGCUUGACUACAAACAGGUGAGUGCGGCUGUUUAAACAUUUGUUGCUGUCGUUGUUUGAGGUAAAGAAGAGAAGCUUUUAUGAAAGUGUAGUCUGCACAGUGGAUGCUAAUUAAAGUUGUAAGGCCUGUUUUCAUGGAGGUGGGGACCCCAGGUAGGUGAAGUAACCCGCUUAGAUGGGCUAACCCGCCUGUUCAUAUAAUCUCUCAUUUUAAUGCGUUCACGUUUACGUGAUAGGUAGGGCGACCGUCUGAAAGAUUAUACAGACAGGCUGGUUACCCCACUUAGGUGGGUUACUUCACUUACCUGGGAUCCCCCUCAUGCAUGUAAACAGCACCUUAGAGUAAAAUCCCAAACGUUAAUCCAACCUUUUUAGCGUGUGGUUUAUCUUUUCAAUAUGAAAUUAGGAAAAUCACACGGCAUCAGUUGAGUAAAAUUUGUGUCUAAUGGAAGAGUUCUCCUGGUCGUCUUUUAAAUGUUGCCUAACACGAUUUCGCCUGUGCAUGUGCAUCCAGGGUUAAGGUACGGAAGAAUGGGUACCAAAAACGUUCAACUUGUUUUGCACAUUUCCGCAAAACAAGGUAAAAGGGAUGUUGCGCGUUUUACCACUUGUUGCAGGUUGCGAAAACAGUUGUUAAAGAAAGCAGAGAGUAGUUGCCCGUUUUUGCUGCCCCUUUUACCUUAGCUUUAGUCACCUUGACAACUCAUAUGCUUUCUUCGUCGUCAACUCAGGAUUAUAGCUGACUGGACUUGGAAAAACUUGACCCUGAAUGGAAUUCUGGUUGAAGUUUUGUGUGAACUCCUGUUUAUUAGCUGUUCCCUUAGUCUGUGUAUGAAAGUCUUUAGUGUGACCAUUGAAAUUAAGACUGGGUGCUGUUUAUUUCUUUGCACAUGGUGGUUCAGUGAUUCUGUGUGGGAAAUCCUAUCGACUAGUAUCGAACUCUGCUUCUGCGUGGUUGGUAUUUAAUUACCAGUUAAAAAAGAAAUCGUACCUGUUGUAUCCUAUUAAUAUAUAAAUUGAAGGAUUGCCAGUUGUGAAACUACAACUGAAACUAGCAUGAAAGAAAGCGCACAACUAGUCGAUCAAGUGCUUCUUUAUUCAUUACCUGUGAUGUAAGUCUACACGGAGUGUAUCUCGCUUACCACUUCUUUUAAUACACGACAGCGCCUAUCAUAUGUAUGCUCUUGUACGCAAAAAUACUGAGCUUUCUCUUUUUUUGUAGAUGGACCAAGGAUACCACAAGGAUCAUGCUGCUCGAUUGAACACUCAGUUAGAUCUUUACGCAGAAAAUCCGCGUUACCAGAAUUUGUUCAUCAAUCUGGUAAGAAGCGACACUGGUAAAAAGAAAUAUUGUAUUUUCCCGAUGUAGCAAUAUCAAAAGUUGGGGAGGGGUGAGUUAGUGCCGGGUUUACACCUCUCUCAUAUUCAGGCCACGCAGCAAAGUAAAGCUCAAGAAAGUCAAAACAAGAACGCGUUUAAAAACGUUAAGUCUGGCUUGGGUGGAGAUUAUGAGAUAAGAACUGAGGAGGCGAUUAAUUUACACGAAACAGGAUUUCCUUGCCUAAGGUUUUUUAUUUCCUACUUUAUUUUUUUAUUUUGAACAACAUUUAUUCAGGGUUGUCCAAUACUGUCGACUAGAAUCCAGUCGUAUCCUCUUUCUUCUCAUGGAAAAACCGAAAGUCUAGUGGUGUGAAGUCCUACCAAGUGUAUUGGAUCCAUUGGACACGAAUAGAUUCCGAUGGAAAAGUUAAUUUUCUAUUCGUGAGAGACUUAGAAUAAUUCCACUCAUGUUGGAUGAAGGGGUGGAAAGUCGUUCCGAUGGAGUCCAUCGGAUCCAUUGGAAACGAGUAGAUUCCAAUAGAAAAGUUCAUUUCUGUUGGUGAGAGACUUCCACUCAUGUUGGAUGAGGGGGUGGAAAGUCGUCCGAUGGAGUCCAUCGGAUCCACUGGGCAUGCAAUAGAUUACGAUGGAAAAGUUCAUUUUCUAUUCGUGAGAGAUCUUGAAAGAUUCCACUCAUGUUGGAUGAGGGGGUAGAAAGUCGUUCCGAUGGAGUCCAUCGAAUCCAUUGGAAACGAAUAGAUUGCAGUGGAAAAGUACAUUUUUCUAUUCGUCAGAGAUUUAGAAAAUUCCACUCCUGUUGUAUGAGGGGGUGAAAAGCCGUUCCAAUGGAAUCCAUUGUAUCCAUUAUAUUCGAAUAGAUUCCAAUGCCUGGAGAGAUACAUUUUCUAUUCGUAACGGCAGGUCAAAAAUUGUCAUCAUGUUGAACGAGGUGGAAAAGAUGCAGGUGCAGGCAUCUAGUACAGCAGGAGUGUCCAAAGGUUUUAUCCUCAUAUUUUGAAUGAGGCUCUUGUUCUCUGCCUUAGUCUCUUUUAAAAAUGUGCUUGGGCAACAGAGAAUAGAUCUCUUUAACUGGUAUGUUGUGGGUGCGUUCCUUUGGGAUGAUGCGGAUCGGAAUCAGUGAUACAAGAAACCCGGAUCAUAGUACAUUAAAGCCUGGUUUCCAUAUGAUCGCUACGAUAGCUGCGAUCGCUGAGAAAAAAAAGUUCAGCGAUCGAAGCGAUCAUAGCGAUCAUGAAAAUGAAAAUGAUUUUCAUACGAUCGCUGAACUUUUUUUUCUCAGCGAUCGUAGCGAUCAUAUGGAAACCAGGCUUUUAUGAAUCGAUGAAUCCUAUCACAGGGUGAAUUAGUCGGUUCCUUUGAUGUACUAUGAUCUGGGAUCACUGGGAUCACUGGGAUCACUGAUCCUGAUCCUGAUUAUCUCAGAGGAACGCACGACAGUGUACGUCAUGUGAUAAUACUCAAGGAACAAAUUCCCCUGGGAAAAAAAUUGGGAAAAAAACAUAAGCCAAAGCGGUCUAUUAAGAGAUUCGAUUAAUCGACAAACAAAGAGUAGAUAGGUGCGGUAGAUGUAUAGUGUACUCCUUUUUUCUCAUUUGGAUUCAAACUGAUUUAUAUGCAACUUUUUUGUAUCGUUUGCAGUCACCUUACGUGAAUCAUUCCGCUCCCACGGUACAAGAGACGUUCUCUCUUCACAGAACCUACAUCAUAUUCAGGACACUGGGUUUGAGGUAUGUCUGUCUACUGAUGAUACUGACACUGACAAUGACUUGAGCGAAUUUUAAGGACGACACCUUCGGAUACAAAGCUAUUACCGUUUAGUAUUAUUCAACUAGUGGUCUAUUAUCAAUGCUGCGUUCUGAUUGGUUGAGCUACUACUAGGCUAUCUGUUAUAGCCCACUACCAAAACAAUGGCGGUUGAAUCGCGUUUUGCUUGCUAAAGUUGUUUUGUCUCAAUAUUUUUGACCAACUAGUUGGAUUUUACUAAAACAAUAGACCUUUGUCACGCGGCGGCCCUUUUGUCUAAGGAGAGUUAAAAAGCUUUGUUUAGGCACGGCUAGCCUCGUUCUCUCUACUAGGCUAGCCGUGGGUAAACAAAGCUUUUUAAAUCUCCUGAGACAAAAUGGCCGCCGCUUGACAAAUGUCUAGUAUUCCUCUCGCUCUCAUGGCUUCAGAGUCAAUAGCCAAUUCGGCCUUCGGCCUCGGUCAACACUUAUUUCCAUCCGCCAAACUGACGUUGACAGAUUAAUCAUUCGUACCCAAAGUAAAGGUUAGGGUGGGGCUGGAGUGCGGAAGGGACUGAAAAUAAUUAAGAUGAUACCCAAACAAGAAAGGACCUAAGUUAUUUGACAUAUAUACCAAUAAAUGGUAUCUUCAAAAAGAUGGAGCUAAGUUAUUUCUGAAAACUGUUUUCUCCUUUAGUAAUAAAUUUCGUUCAAUAUAAAGUAAAUUCUGUUAAUGACCACGCCUGUCGGCAAGAACACUGCGGGGGCAGAUAAGCUGUUGUUGACUAUCACUUGAGCCAUAGACUGUGAACAGUCUAUUGUAAGAUCGUCGAGAUCGAGCGCUUUGCGUUACGGGCGGCCAUCUUGGAUGAGUGUCCAAUAUACUUAGGGAGAGUGGGAGCGCCACCGCUUUAAACCCCGACGCCCGCCCCCUUGGUACAUAUAAAACCAAGAUGGCCGCCGGACCGGUAGGCGCUCGAUCCGGACGAUCUUACGAAAAAAUAGGGGACUGUAAACAGUCUACUUGAGCCAGUGAAAACAGAGACGGGUUUGACCCACUCUUUUCAACCUUCUUUUUUACCAACAGGCAUUUAACAGUCGUUGACGAGAGAAACAGGUAUGUUGUAGUUUCUUUGGGGCUUUUUUCCGUCGUGCUUGUUUGAUUUCAUGAAAAAAAAGUCGCUGCUCGCUCAGGAGAUGAAACUACCGUAACGAGAACGGCAGUAACAGCGGAGCUCUCUCGCGCGCUAGCGGAGCACCAUGGGUAAGAAAAUUUGGUAAACUAUCCAUCCGAGAAAAUUUGGUUGUGACGUAGCGUACGAACGCCGACCGUCCGUACACCCACUUCAUGUAAGCCGGUGCUAAAUGUCAGGUUAUUUUAUUUGUCUUGUGAAGCAGAGACAGCUAAAGAGUCAAACACGGAAAGCGGAAAAUGUUUUUGUAUCCUGUUGUUUAAAGUGUUAAGUGUAGAUUAAUUGUCAUGUUACAAAUUUGGAAAAUAGAAAAAGAGAAAGUAAGGCGAAAGGCCACCGAAGCUCAACGAGAAAAAGAGCCAGAGCGAGAUAGAAAAAAGAAAGGAGACAUUUUUUGUCGGAGGAACAACAUGAAAUUUUGUAGCGGCGGUGAGAAAAUAAGAAAUGCUAGCGGCCACCUGGGUGAAUAAGAGCAACAGUGCAAAAAAAGUGGACAAGAACACGUACGACAUUUCCUAUCCCUUACUAUGCAAUUCCAGCGAAAUUCGCCUACUUUGACAAAUUGAGCGAGUUCAAGAGAGGAUUCGCGAAGAAGUCUAAAGGAGCAAAAAUUCACUUUACUAGUGACACUAAUAUAUAGAUUUAGCCAGGACUAAAAGCGUAGCUCUCGAUAAGAUUUAUAGUUUGCUCAAACAAAAUGUAAAAUCGCGAAAUGCUAAGCGGCGAAGGCAACGAGAACGGUGAAAAAACAACAAUAGGGCCAUUUAUACGAGGAAAAAUAAGACGCGUCUUACAUAGGACGCGUCUUAAAUAAGACGCGAACUUUCUGUAUAAACGGCACAUUUCGUCUAAAAUAAGACGCGACUUAGCUGAGACGCGUCUUUUUUUAGAACAGCCCUUAACACUUGUUCUUAGAUAAGACGCGUCUUAGCUAAGACGUAUAAAUGACCUUCGCGUCUUACAUAAGACGAGAAGGCAUGGUACGCAUGCGUUAAUCUUUGGCGGGAAAAUUUUUGCGCCUUGUUGGUUGCCGUUGCUACGGGCAACACUCACAUGAAAGCGAGUCAAGAACAGAAAUAAGACGCGAACCAUUUAUACGAGCUGUUCUUGUCUUAGAUAAGACAUGGUCGUAUAAAUGGUACAAUUCGCGUCUUAUGUAAGACGCGUCUUAUUUUUCCUCGUAUAAAUGGCCCUAAUAUGUCUAAUUAGCAAAAAUGCAACUCUGCACGUGCAGCACACUUUUUUUGUACAUUUUUUUGCCGUUGUCUUGCACGCCUACAACGAGAAAAUUCCAGAAACUUCCUGGCUACACGUUUUAUGGAUCCACCUCUCUUUAGUUUCUGAGCUUUUGUCAGAAUUGCUGUGUGUUAAAAAUACAUAAGUUCUUGAUUAAUAAUUUCUUUACUCCAGGGUCAGGGGAAUAAUAACCCGCAAAGAUCUCAUGGGAUUCCAAAUGGAGAAACGUAUCCGCAAAUCCCUUCAUUCGUCCCGAAACCGCGAAAUGCAGCCACAGAGUUCGUCACAAGGGCACCGGCGAAGCAUGGACGCUUAAAGUGAGUUCGAACCUCUCACCUCUCUUGCUUAUAGGUGGUUUUCAUGCAAUCUCGGGAGACACAAAAACAAUGGUGAAAUGAACAAAUGCUGGUAGACAAACAAAGAGAGCUAAUGAGCGAUCUUUUGUUUACCGUCCACCAGCAUGGCGCCGAUGAAGUAACGUGAAAACCACCUAUUUGUCGAGCGGUGUUAUGUGACCUAACUUACUUCCAACGUACCUAUCUCAGUCAUAGAAUUCUUCACUUUUUAUGAGGAAAAUAAUGCGUUGAAUACGGCGUUGAAUUCUGACAGAUAAACGUGUAUCUAAUAUACAUCAGUGAUAGACGUCGCAAAUAGUUUUGGUAUUAUAUGGUACUUAUGAUAUACCUAUAAGCAAUCGUAACAGAAAAACAUUUAUAAGGUAUAAUAUGAUAUUAAUUACUAGUGGAAUUAAUCAAAUUUAGAUUCUGGUAGAAAUAUACAGUCCACUCCCGAUAACUCGAACCCUCGCUACAGCUGUAGCUCGAACCUUGCGCUACAACCAGUUGCAAAAAUACUUGAGACACUGUACCGUAUUUUGGCAUAAAUGGACUGUCCAUGAUCUUAUGCUUGUGAUCCCCCCUCCACCCUUUAUCAAAGUUGCUAGCAAUACAAGAUCGUGCUCAAAUCUUGGAGGAACAACUUUGAAUGGGAGGGAGGAGGGACGUCAGUAUUAUAUCUCGUAGACCUGUGACUAGCAGCGAUUUGAAGCAAGAAAGGUCGUUUUUUUCCCUAGAAGGUUUCAGUUAUCGGGAGUAGACUGUACUUGUAUUCUUGUGUUGUCAAAAAUUUGUACGUAUCAAAAUUUGUAAAAUCAGAAUGCUUAAAAGAAAGAAUGAAC